CAAUAUCUUGUUAUAAGGAGAAACUUUGUGUUAUUACCUGAUACUCAUCAGUACUUUUACUCUCAUAUGUGGAAAACCUCCUGUGAAGCGGUCCAUGUCCUCUGAGACGCCUCAGCUGUUUAUCGCUGUGUUGCGUGAUAAAACAACAUAUUACAAACUUUAUAAACGUCAGACUCGUGAGCAGCUAUCAGCAGGUCCACAGAUUACGGAUGCGGAUCGAUAAGAGCCCGUUUGUUUCCAGUCGAAGGUCUCGUCCUUCGGCAGCUCAGCAGAUCUCUAUCACAGUUACACAUUAAUUAAACCUGGAGGAAGGAGCUGCAGGUGAGCGCGCGGACAGGUGAGGCGUCACUCUCAGUUCGACCUGAAGAUGAAGAUGAAGAUGAGGCUGGAGCUCGUCCUGGUCGUCUCGGCGGUGAUCUGUGCUGCCGGGAAGCCUCUGAGCAAGGCGGCGGAGAGGAACAAGCUGCUGCUCAUCUCCUUCGACGGCUUCAGGUGGGACUACGACCAGGACGUGGACACGCCGCACCUGGACCAGCUGGCGGCGGACGGGGUCAAGGCCAAAUACAUCACCCCGCCGAUGCUGACCAUGACCUCCCCGUCUCACUUCACCACCAUCACCGGCAGGUGGGUGGAGGAUCAUGAAGUCGUUCACAACAUGAUGUUUAACACCAAAACGAACCAAAAACUUCCUCACAAAGUGACCAUGACCAGAUCGGAGUGGUGGGACAACGGAGUCCUGCCGUUAUGGAUCACCGCCCAGAACCAGGGUCUGAAAACGGCUUCCUUCCACUACCCAGGAGGCGGGGCCAACUACAGCGGCCAGGCGGUAAACAGAGCUCUGGUGGAGAAGCAUGGAUUCCCGGACGACAACGAGACCGAGUGGCGUCAAAACAUCGACAAGGUGAUGAGCUGGUUUAAAGAUGAAGACUUCGACUUGGUGACGCUGUACUACGGCGAGCCGGACAACGUGGGCCACGCCAAGGGGCCGGACCACCCAGACAGGAAGAAGAUCAUCCAGCAGAUUGACCGCACCAUUGGCUACCUGAGGUCAGCCAUCGAACGCCAUGGCCUAAACAACAGACUUAACAUCAUGAUCACGUCCGACCACGGCAUGACCACCGUCAAGAAGCGACCACAGGUGGACGAGAUCAUCCUCAACAAGUACCUGAAUCUACUCAAGCUCGCCAGCUUCGAGAUCCUCGACUACGGCGGGUUCGGCAUCCUGACGCCGCGGCCGGGGAGGGAGCAGGAGGUGUUCGACGCUCUCUCCAAGGCACCUAAUCUGACGGUCUACAAGAAAAACGAGAUCCCCGAGAGCUUCCACCUCGCCAAAAGUGAGCGGCUGCCUCCCAUCGUCAUCGUCGCAGAUCUGGGAUUCAACCUGAACUCUAGAUUCAUCGUCUACGUUAACAAAGGCGACCACGGCUUCCACAACGGAGAGAUGGACAUGAAGACCAUCUUUAGGGCCUUUGGACCCGAUUUCAAGAAGAACUUCCUGUCUGAGCCGUUCGACAGCAUCCACAUCUACCCUCUGAUGUGCAAAGUGCUGCAGAUCGAACCGGCGCCGCACAACGGAUCUCUGGCGGUGACCGAGAAGAUGUUGCUGCACAGCGGUGGAUCUCAGAGAGCUCGACUGUCCGCGGCUCUGCUGCUGUCGGUGCUGCUCUCCGUGCUCGCUGCGCUCUAACUGAUCCUGAAUCAGCUCACAUCACUUCAUCUGAGGGUUUGAACCCCGUCAGCAUCACUGUUCUCCAACUUUACAACAAAACAUCGAGGUGAACUGAAAUGUGUGAUAUUUAUAAAUAAUACUAAGUUAUGACUGUGCGCUUUUCUUUUUCAUGUUGCGACACGUAAUUGGCAGUUUUAUGAUGCUGAUGCAGCAGGAACAUGAUGUUUGCCAGCUGUUAGUGUCGACUUCAGAUUUCUGACAUCAUUUUGAAGACUGAAGGUGUGUAACCCCUAAGGUCUCUUCGAUUCAUUUUUCACGCUUUGUACUCUCCAUUUUUUUGAUAAUUCUGGCCGUGUUCAUGCAAAUAAAAUACAUUUUGGCAAGACUGUGUAUUUUUGUUUGAUCUUGGAAUUUCAUUCAUUUCAAUAUCACUGACUGUAUGAAUAAUAUAGCUUUAUAGCAACUAGCUUAAAGAGGUCGUACCUUGACAUUGUCAAUAAAUCAAUCCUCCCCCGCUGCUUGUGUAGUCCAGUUAAACGGUUAUGACCGUAGCUCUGCUGAACUGUGCAUGUAAACUGUUUGUCUUUGAGGCUCUUUUCUGUUCGCUGGGAUAUCGCUGCUGCUCUCCCUGCCUCAGACUUGUUAGAGCACGGAAGUGCGGAGACGUGUCAGAACAGAGCCGCACUGCCAAAUAAUACACUGCAAAUGGAAAUAAAGUGUUUCUCCUGAGCGAGUUGAUCCUCUGACAGGAAUCUGUCUCCGUUUCAGUGACCUGAAAUCAAAUUUUCAUUAAAGAGUCUAAUGGACUCUGAUCGUCGUCACCAAACUGAUUUUAUUUUAACUUUAAGAGGAAACUCUGACGACAGCGGCUGUGACAUCAUUCAGUCGGCCACUGCAGGCAACGAGGUGAGGCACAACAGUGAUCGCACACACACUCUCACACACACGCACAGCCACACACACACACAAAGAAACACACACACAUAAACAACUUAAAUCAGCAUGAUGGAUUAAAUAAAAAC